CCGCGCACCACAAUGAAGAGUAGCCCCCAGUCACCUCAACUAGAGAAGCCCGCGACCCCGCACAGCCAAAAAUAAGUUUAAAACAAAAACCAAAAGCAGUUACUCCCAAGAAAGGACAGUCCUUGACUUUCCACCAAUGAAUACACAUUCCUCUUCUUUUAAAAUCGUGCUGUGGACUAGCAAAAAUGUCACACUGAGGAUGCCUCUGCUUCUAAUGCAUCCAAAACAUUUGAGGGCAGAACCCAAAGGAAUGGGCUUAGGUAUAUAUAGCAGGAGGGAGUUAGGUUAGAGCCAAGAAAGAACUCUCCUUCUUUGGAGAUUUUAAAGAGCAGGUGAGUACUGCAUUUGCUUAGAAUGUGAGGGUUGCAGGAUCAGCUACAUGGACUGGGGAGGCCAGUAGCUCUGGGUUCCGCCUCAGAAAAGGACCAAUCCUCAGAUCUACCAGGGGAGCUGGAACCUAAAACAGUCCCUUCAGGCAGCCAUUUCCUGCCUGGAGUUCAUGGAGUUUGAUAGGUGGUCCCAUGGUAGUGAGGGGGGGGGGCCUCCAGGGGCCUCUGUCACCCUUCACUACAGGGAGUCCGUGUAGUCACCCACUGUUGGGCUGCACCCUGCAGGCCUGUAAACCUUAUAGUUGCCCAGCCUUAGACUGAAGAAAGAGCCCGGAACAGCAACAGAGACAUUCACGGUGCCGAAUUCAUGCCGGUGAGGCGGUAUAAGAACAGCCCACAGGGUUAAUAUAAUGGUGCCUUUCUCCAGUGGGAGCCUGGAUUAAUUACCUUAUUAGUCUUAGGUGGGGCCGGGUAUAAACCAGGUGAAAUCUGUAAAUCCCUUUCCAAUCCUAUUCCCCAUGGGACAGCAAACCCAAACCACCGGAGACUUACCUGCCAGUCCCAGGACCAUUUGAGAGUGUGUUCCUCUGGGGGUAGAUCCUGUAGCGAAGGUAGCGAAGGCAAAAGUGAGUUACUGUCCUGAGAGAUAGUUGGCAGCGGUCUUUCGGUGGUCAACAGUUGAACUUGGAUUGUAUUGACUAGUUGCCUCUGGGUUAACAUGGCCCUGGGAUGAUUGCUCCUGGGGUGUUCAGCUACAGUUCAUAGAGCUUGAGUGAACCUCUGGUCCACCUGUUGAGAGAGCGGGUUUUCGUCUCAAUUGUUAAGUAAUCCUUUCAUCCUUUCCAUUAGCCCGGCAGCAGUGGGGUCGUAAGGCAGGUGGAAAUGCCAGUGUGUGUCAUUUUUAGCCGCCCAUUCCUGAACUUCAUGACUGGUAAAGUGGAUUCCUUUGUCACUAUUGAUGUCCGUGGGGUCCUGUAUAUCACACACAGCUGUACUAGACCCCAAAUAGUGUUUUUUUUCAUCGCUAGAUGACUCGGGUAGGCCUUUUGUAAUGUCUUCCACCUGUUGUAAGCUGCAUAUAGCUGUUGUUCCAUCAUGCUGUAUAUCAUUGCUCUGCCCGCUUCCAUAGCAGGCGUCAGAAGCCCAAGGGUACUCUUAUUUUGUUGUAGCACAGGCCCCAACCAAACUUUUCCAGGUAACUGGCCAUGUCCAAUUCACAAGACUGUCCCUGAAUUAAUAUCCUCUAAAGCCUGUGUCUAAUUGUUUAGGGGUAAGAGGCUGGGGGUACGCUUGUCUUUUGUUGAUAAUCCAGGUCCUUGCGUUUGGUUUGUAUUCACCAGCCAUCCCCGUGCAGUCAGAUGAGCCACCAGCAUAGGGCUGCUACUUUUAAACUGGAAAGAGGCUCUGAAGUUAACAGAGUAGAAGAGAAUCAAUAUAAUGGAAGAGAAAGACACCUCUCAUGGUAGUCAGCUGCCACAGGGCCCCACAGGCUAGUGGACGGCCACCUCAGGAUGACCCCUGCAACCUUCCAUUCCCUGUCCUUACUUUGCGACAUCUCGGUAGCUUCUUCGGCCUCCUGGCUGGCUCCCCAGUCGUUGGGCUGCACUGUGCAGUCCUGAAAGCCUUGUAGUUGCCCAGCCUCAAGAUGGAAGAGUCUGGAGACAGCAACAAAGACAUCAGUGGUUUAUUGGACAGGGGUGUCUUAAGCUAAAGGUUAAGACCCACCAAUCAUGGCAACACCCCACCGACUAUGGCAGGCAGACCAUGACAGCAAUCUUUGCUACUCGGGGAGAGGAGACUACUAUUUAUAGGGAGAAUUGACGUCAGGUUGGCUUAUCAGUUACCAGGGAAACCAGCUGGGGCACAUCCGUCACAGCCCCUCAGAUUAAUGACUAUCACGAGGGCAGAUGUUUCCCUUUAAUAAAUUAGCAGGUAGAGCAGGGAUUAGAUCAGUCACUAGCUGGGGCAGGGGGCAAACAUGUUCACGUGAGUAGGGCACAGGUGGAACGGACUGGUCGAGCAGAGGAUGUACAAAGAGCAAGAGAACAGCCAUCUUGAAUGGCCUGACCAUACAUCCACCUUGGGACUGUGUAGAGUGCCAGGAAUGACCCUUGAGGAGGGCCGGGGAUGGGAGGGAAGAAAGGAAGAGAAUGGCCCCCUGGGAGUGUUGCCUGCAGCCUAGGGUGACACGGACGAAGGCUCUGAGUGGACAGACCUGGCUGGCUGCAGCAUCCUUGGGGAUGCCGUUUCCCUAUUUCCCCACCUCCUGCAAACCCAGGUGCAGUCCAGGGCCCAGAGCCAUCCAACAGGAGCUCAAGACCAGGCAGCUGAAGCCCUGUUCUGGUACAUCUCUGCUCAGUGCUGGCUCUAGGUCUGAGCCUGGCUUGGGUUCUUCCCUGUUCUGUACCGGAAGGUGAGACCAGAGGGUGUGGGGACACUGGGGGUGGGGGAAGGAGAAGAAGGGAAGGGUCUGGUCUCACCUGCCCCAUCCUAGUGGUGGAGGUGGUGGAGACUGAGGCCUCCAAAGUUGGGUUCUCAUCCUCCAAGGUGGUGGCAUUUUCUGACUCCAGAGGAGGCCUCAAAGCCCAUCCCACCCUGUGUGUAUGUUGUGGGGCAUAGGGUGUGAUACUCCCAGAUUUAGGCCUCCAUGGUUUAAUGGCACAGACCUACCCCAGGUUUAACCCUGGAGAUUUAGAAUGCUAAACCUGGAUCCCCUCAGGUUACAAAUACAGAAACUGAGGCCAAGGCAAGGGCAGUCCCCUUCUCCUCCAGAGUCACACUGGUUAAAUGGGCCUGGAGCCCCCGUAUCCAGAUUCUCUGACGUGUUCUCUCCUCAAGUCCUCAAAGAAUGACAGAAGUCAUAACUUGAGCAUCUACUAAGUGCAGGACUCUGUGCUGGAUGUUGGAGACGCAGAGACAGCUGCCCUCAGGAGCUUUUGGUCAACAGGUAAAUAUACACAGAGAGGAACAAGCAAAUGCUGGAAAAUGAUGGAUUGGCUUCGAGACUCUGCAGAACUUUGUAAGGUACUUGCCUCCUCUUCGUCCUGUGAUGGAAGUGGGGGGCCCUGCCUGCAGAAACGCCCCAAGGCUCAGAAGUGGAUCUGUGGUGAAGAGAUCAAAGAUGGGGGGACCAGGGAAGUGAGGGAACAGGGCUGCCAGUGGGCACACCCCGACGCCCCCCCAAAAACUUCUAAAGGCCCCUGUCCAUAAAUUGGGCCUCUGCUGCCAUCUAAUGGAAGAAAGGUAGCCUCUGGAGCUGCCUGCUGGGGCCCCACCAACCUGGCUCCCCUAAAAAAGAGGAAUGUGAAGGACCUUCCUGCCCACAGACCUUUUAUUCCUCUGGAGUCUUAAGCUUUGUUUCCUGCAGCCUCUGAAGCUCCCUGGCUGCCCCGUUUCCGACCACCACCCUCCAUCCCACUGUUUCCCCAGUUUCCUUUGUUGCCCAGGUUCUGAUUCUGGUGCCCUGGUUCCUGGCCCUGCUAGAGUUCUGGUUCCAGAAGGCCUUUGCUAGGUGCCUCGGGCAUGUGCUGCAUCCCCCAGCGCCUGGGGCAAAUGGACAUCUGCAAAGGUGUAGUGAGCCUGGCCACAGCCGCUGGGGCCAUCUGCCUGCUCUACAAGGCCAUCAGGGCGGGCAUAAAAUGUCAACCACCACGCUGCUCUGCCUCACCCAUCUGCGUCGCCCGUGAGUGUCCCCACCCUGGGGAGAGGGCUCGGCCCCAGGAGGUACCUACUCCCCAGGUCUCCCGUGUGGGAGGGCCCCAAGGGGGCCUGGCAGUUGAGCGAGAGCAGCACGGGCGGGACUCAGGUGAGCUCCGGAGGCUCCUCAACUCUUUGGAGUGCAAACAGGAUGAGUACGCCAAGAGCAUGAUCCUGCACAGUAUCACGCGCUGUGUGUACUUGCUGGAGUCCGAGGCCUCUGCAUGUACUAAUGAUGACAUCACGUUGGUGGGCUCCAUGCUGGAUGACAAGGACAACAGUGUCAAAAUCCAAGCUCUGAACACACUUAAAGCUUUCUCUGGCAUCAGAAAAUUCAGGCUGAAAAUCCAGGAACACUCCAUCAAGGUGCUGGAACUGAUCUCCACCAUCUGGGACUCGCAGCUGCACAUUGCAGGCCUCAGACUCCUCAACAACCUCCCACUGCCUGACUUUGCACAUCCACAGCUGCGACGGGUGAUGCCUGCCUUGAUGGAGAUCCUGCAGUCAGACUACACCCUGGCACAGGUGCAAGCCGCGCGAUUGCUGAGCAACCUGGCGCAGAAGAACGACCUUCUCUACGAUAUUCUCAACUGCCAGGUACACUCCAACUUCCUGAACCUGUUCCAGUCCACACAGCCUGGGAGUCUGCUGCUUGAAGUACUGCUGUUUGCAGAGCGGCUGAGUGAGGGCCGGAGUUCACCCCACUACCGUGCUGUGAAGUGGCAUUACAAUGAACAGUCUGUGCACGAAGCUGUCUUUGGGGAUGACUCACGACUGGCAGACCGGCUGCUUGCCCUGGUCAUCCACCCCGAGGAGGAUGUUCAGAUCCAGGCCUGCAAAGUCAUAGUCAGCCUGCAGUGCCCCCAGGAUGUGGGAGUCUGGCCCUCCUGCCCGCCCAGUCAUUCCUGCUUUAGUAAUGCGGAAUAAAAUUAUGGAGAGCCAAUAAAUGAGUAUGGGAGAGAAGCUUGAGGGGCAGUGUCUGUCCAGGGCCUUCCAGGGUGGGUGUAGAUUUCAGCCAGCAUAACUUCCUGUCAAAGUGUGGGCCUGUCUCCCCAAAUGCAUUCCCUGUUUAGAGGACAGACUCCCUUCUCUUGCUGCUUUUAU